AUGGAUGUGAAGGACGAGGAUUCGCUCGAGCUUGUAAGUUUCGAAUGUUUGUGUGCACCGGGUUCUAGGGAGAAAGGGAUAAACGAAAAUAUAAUUGAAACAGCACUGGAAUGUGGUGCAGAUUUACGGCAGUACUCGAUCGUUUUAAAAGAGAAACUGGAUAAAGCUCAUCAAUUUGCUGUGCAAGAUUGUAUUGAACAAGCCGACAAACUUGCUUUAUUAUACACGGAAAUCUCCGCUUGUGAUGAUGCAUUCGCUAAUUUAGAAGAGAUGUUAACAUGCUUUCAAUCAGAACUGGGUACAGUCAGUUCAGAUAUGAAACGAUUGCAGCAGCAAUCAAUCGACAUAAGUUUGCAGUUGCAAAACAACCAAAAGGUGCGUGGUGAACUCAGCCAGUUCGUCGAUGAUAUGGUUGUUCCUGUUAAUAUGAUUAACACAAUAUUAAAUAGUGAUGUUGGUGAGCGAGAUUUUCUGGAGCAGUUGCACGAGUUACAACAUAAACUGCAAUUUUUGAAAGCUCAAGAAUUCAAAGAUGCAAAAGCAGUCGUAGAUGUGCAAGAUGUUAUUGAAAAUUUGAAAUAUAAGGCCAUGGCGAAAAUUCGUGAAUGGAUACUAUUAAAAAUUUCUUCUUUCAAAAAACCACUUACCAAUUAUCAGAUCCCUCAAGGAGCACUUUUGAAAAACCGUUAUACUAUUCGUGAUGAAUAUAUCGAUACAACAAGUAAAAUGCUCUUUACUUAUUUCAAAUCUUAUGCUUCGAGGCUUUUCAAAUUGCAGUUAGCUGAUGCUGCUUCUAAAGAUGAUCUUCUCGGUGCAGAAGAUACGAUUAAAACUGGUCGAUUCUUCACUGCCAAACCAAUGCUGAGGAAUAGAGCUACUGUUUUCUCAUUGGGAACUAGGGAUUCUUUACUGUCCAUGGAUUUAAUGGCUCCAUUGAUUGUACCUCAUGUUGCUAUGCAGUCUAAUCAAAAGUUUAAUAAUGAAAUUUUUGAAUCUGAAUUUUUAUUUCGAUUCGGUUUCAAGUUUCAAUUCGAAAACCUCUAUCGGAGUCUACAAUUCGCUUUGGUUGACCACUCAUCACAUGAAUUCAUCUUUUUAUGUGACUAUUUUUUGGUCAGUGGUAGAACUGCUGUCGAAUUUUUCAAUCAAAUCAUGAUGCGUUCUAUCACAGUUCUUUUGAAAAUAUGUGAAGAACAUACGGCUACCAACUAUGAUGCAAUUUCCCUAUAUUUAUGCUUAUGUCUUUGUUCGAAAUAUAAGGAAUUGAUGGUUGAACGCGAAAUUCCAACCAUUGCAGAAUAUUGGGAUACAUUGACUCGCAUAUUAUGGCAGCGAUUUGAAGUUGUGAUGCAGUUGCAUGAUGAAAGUGUACGUGCAGUAGACAUAAAAAAAUUGCAACCACCUCCUGAUAUCCGACCACAUUAUAUCAUCAGACGUUAUGCAGAAUUCACAUGUGCACUUUUAAUUUGUUGUCAUAUCUCAAAGAAACAUAUUGAAAACAAACUGCAGCGAUAUCUAAGCAAGCAACAAUCUAUAAUUGAAGAUUUUCUUAAUCGAUUAGCAUCUCAAAUGAAUACUGCCGUAGACCGAAUCGUUUGCUUAAUAAAUAAUUAUGAUUUAAUUUUAAGCAUUCUUGAGGAGCGAAUAAAUUUUGAGUCUAAGGAAAAAUUGUCGUUUUGGGAGUUGCAGCAAAACUGUAUCAUUGAAUAUGUUGUUUUAAUGUUAAAACCACAUUUCGGAGAUCUAAUAAAUUUUGUUGUGGAAUGUGAACCACUUAUAGAACAAGGCCAUACACAAUUGUUGCUACGACAUUCAAGCAAAGUAACUGGCAUAGUUCGAUCAUUUAGUGCCAACUGGAAGAGAUCAAUUGAUGCUAUAAAUCAGGAAAUUAUUCGAUCAUUUACCAAUUUUAAAAAUGGGACAAAUAUCCUUCAGGCAACAUUCACAGAAUUAAUCCAAUAUUAUCAUCGGUUCAGUAAGGUUACUGCACAUGAAGCAUUUGCUGAUAAUUCGGUUUUAAAGGAAUUGGUGAAUAUCCAUCAUAUUAUGGUAGAAUUGAAGAAGUACAAACCAGUUUAUUAA